UCGGCGUCCGAUGCUCGCGUCGCUGACGUUGCCGUUCUUCAAAACCUCUCAAACUCGAUUCUUGAAGCCUGCCCCUUCGUAAUAUACCACACAGCUGCUGUCAAAUUGCAGUUCGAAUUUGGCGAAAAGACGACGAAUGGCGGGCGUCGUCUUCCUCACGUACGGCGUCCUGAGCCUCUGCGUCGUGGGCUUUGUCGCAGUCUUUUAUGGCUCAUACUACCUCUCCAACAAGUACUUGGCCGUCUUCCGCGCCUUUUCCGAGGUCCAGAAGGGCGAAUGGUGCUCUCGGAUCAACUCGACGAUCCACUCGACCGUCAUUUGCGCCGGUCUCCUCUACAGCUUUAGCCAGCAGGAAUGGGACGCACACUUGAUGCCGAUCCACAGCCUCGACCUCGCGAUCGGUCUCUUUUCGUUUUCGAUCGCGUACUUUCUCUUCGACUUGUACGUCGUGUACGCGUGGAAGAUUGAGCACUACAAAGUGUUUGUUGCCCACCACAUCAUUGCCAUGAUCCCGUAUGUGCUCUACAACUUUUACGGCGGGUGCACGAUGAACACAUACCUUUUGAGCAUGUAUCUCCUCGUCGAGAUUUGCAUUCCGCCCAUGAACCUCGCGACGAUCCUCGACCUUCUCGGGUACAAGGAGACGGCGGUAUACAUUGGCCUCUUCUAUGUCGCGUACAUUGCGUGGUUCUUUGCACGCGUGUGCCUCCCGCUCUACACGCUCUACGUCAUGUGGGCCGACUUUAUUCCGGGCACGGACUGGAGUUCGUUCCGCGUUUUCCUCUGCACGGCGCCGCCACUGCUCUGCGGCCAUGUCAUUUCCGUCUUUUGCAUUGGGUGCUUUGUCACGAUGAUCACGCCCGACGUCAUUGCGCGCUGGCAACCACCGAGUGAAGACGCCCAAAAAAAAACGCCGAUGGCGCAGCAACACGCGUCGGCCAAGAACUACGGGGCCCUCGAAGCGGUCUAGAUGCGCUUGGGUCGCCCGACGCCGUCGCCAUCGUGUAGCCCAUUCGCUGCCAUUUCAUUUGCUGUGACCACGUUGUUGACGUCGCACGCCAAUGUAUUUCAUCCUCGACUAUGCACCUUUAAGCAUGCAAUACAAGCUCGCUUCGACGAUCAAAUGGCUGGUGCAAGCGGCGUAUCAGAAGGACGAUCAU